AAAAAAAAAAAAGAAGAGAAGGGUAAGCAAGAAAAUCGCUUUGAAAACUGGAAAAAAAGUCGCACAAUCGAAUACCUCAUCCAAAAAAACAUGGCUUUCACUCGUUCUCUAUCCAUCUCAGUCCUCUCCCCCGUCUCUCUUACCCCUAACACAGCCCAGCGUUUCUUCAACCUCCAUAUCCCCCACGCUUCCUCUCAGCUCUCCCCCAAUCCCCCACACCACAAAACAGCUCCUGUCAUCAUCAUUGGGGGCGGGCUCGCCGGUCUCUCCGCCGCCACCCGCCUCCACUCAGAAAAUAUCUCCUUCAUCCUCCUCGAAGCCUCCGACGCCGUUGGUGGCCGUGUCAGGACCGACAAUGUCGAUGGCUUCCUCCUGGACCGUGGCUUCCAAAUCUUCAUCACUGCUUACCCAGAAGCCCAAAAGCUGCUAAACUACGACGAACUAAAUCUCCACAAGUUCUACUCCGGCGCCAGAAUUUUCUACGAUGGUCAAUUCCACACCGUGGCUGAUCCUUUGCGGCAUUUCUCCGACUCCAUCUUGUCCCUAGCGAAUCCAAUUGGGUCAGUUCUUGAUAAAUUGCUCAUUGCUUUGACGCGAAUUCGGGUUUUGGGCAAAUCCAAUGAUGAGAUUUUGGGUGCCUCCGAGGUUCCAACUAUUGAAUUGCUGAGCAAUAUUGGGUUUUCGGAUUCGAUUAUAAACAAGUUCUUCCGGCCCUUCUUUGGUGGGAUCUUUUUCGACAAAGAGCUCGAAACCACCUCAAGAUUGUUCGAUUUCAUCUUCAAGUGUCUUGCUCUCGGUGACAACACACUUCCGGCCAAGGGAAUCGGCGAGAUCCCAAAACAAUUGGCUGAGAAAUUGCCUUCAGGCUCCAUCUUUUUAAACUCCAAAGUGGUUUCUGUUGAUUUUGACGAUUCAGAUUUGCCGACUGUGAGGUUGGAGAACGGGGAAAUUCUGGGUGGUGAACUAGGAGUAAUAAUGGCCGUGGAAGAACCGGUGAUUGAAGAGAUUUUGGCGGGAAGGAGACUGCCGAACCAGAGAAAACCAGCUCGGAGCACGGUUUGUUUGUAUUUCUCUGCAGAUCGAGAUAAAAUCCCGGUUUCGGAUCCGGUUCUGUUCCUGAAUGGUUCGGGUAAGGGAAUUGUCAACAACAUGUUCUUUGCCACAAAUGUUGCUCAGUCGUACGGGCCGAUGGAUAAAGCGUUGGUAUCGGUGUCGUUGAUUGGGUUGUUUGAGGAUGCGUCCGAUGAUGGUCUACUGGAAGAGGUGAUCGGCGAGCUUUCGGGUUGGUUCGGGGCUUCGAUGGUUGGGGAAUGGAGGCACUUGAGAACAUACCGGAUCGAGUUUGCCCAACCAAACCAGUGCCCACCAACUGAUCUAGCCAAAAACCCGCAACUCGGUCCCGGAUUGUAUUUGUGUGGUGAUUACAUGACUUCUGCUACUUUUGACGGCGCCAUGCUUUCCGGCAGGAAAGCGGCGGAAGCUUUACUUGGUGACAGGGCCUUAGCUCGGUUGUAGUUAUUCCAUUUUUUUUAUGAAAUUUUUGUACCCUGAUUAUAUACUUCGCAGUUCCCACUUGAAAUAUAUUUUUCAUGAAAAA